UUAUAUUUACAUGUGUUGAAAAUAAUGUGACCAAUAUAUAUGUUUCACAUUCUUUCAGGGAAAAAGCAUCAUUACAACGUCUGAAAGUUGACAGCAGUGUUUUAGCAUUACAUAAAAUGUAUUGUCACAAAAAUCAAUGUCAUUUUAACAUCAAUGUAAAAAAAAAAAAAAAACUAUUUACAUAUCAAUGACUCAUUGCUCAACUUGGUGAUAUAUAGUUAUAUCAAUUUGAAAACUUACAUCUAAAACUAGGGGUGGAUGAUUAGUUAUCUUAAUUUAUCUUUGUAAUUAAGAAUAAGAACAAAAAGGCAAAUUACAAACAAUAGGACAGGUAUAAUAAAGCAGAUUAAAAGUGCUUUAAGUUUUUCAGGAAGGUGCACAGUACAUUAGAUCUAUUUAACAGUAGCAUCCAAGUAAAAAACUGAAUAAUCAAAUGUACAAAAGUUAUUCAGUCCAGAGCAGUGAGUGAUUUUCUUUUGUUGUUUGACACACAGCAGCAGGUUUUACUGUUUUAGGCUGCUGUCACUUUAAGACCCACCAAUGUCCAAUAUCUUUGUAGCCGAUAAUAGUUUGCAUUCACUUCAGACAUAACCGAGCAUGUUUAGGAUACUCACUAAGACAUAACUGUGUGUAUUUGACCGUUCGAGUGCAACUAGCUGCUAAACAAAACUCAAUUUAGGUUCGCAUGCUGUCAGUUACUCUGCUGUUGCGAUGUGUAAGUUUGCAAUUAUUUUAGUCAUUUUGAUAUUUCAUGCAGCCCUACAAAGUAUUUAGAACUCUCUAAACAGAUCUGGAACAAGAUGCUUCCAGAGAGCUUUGAGAAUCCCCACCUUCCUCCUAAACAGAUUACUCAGGAGGAGUUAAAGGAGCCUGCAUUCGGUCGCUGUGUAGUCUCUGUGAGGCUUAGAGCCACAGAGGAAACAGAUGGGAUAAGAAAACCAGGGGAUCUUAUUACAGAGGCUUAAUCAGCAAUCCAAGGCCUGUCCAGAACCCAGACGCACAGCUUCGGCCCCUCACAGUUUCUCUUUCAGAGGUACUCGUCUCAGGGACUGGAGAUAAAUACAGCUGUUUAACAUGGAGAACGAGGAAGAGGAGGAUGAAAUCUUUACAACAUUGCAGGGAGAAGAUGAAGAGGAGAAGGAGGAAGAGGAGCCGGAAGCUGAGAGGAAGAGCAGUUGGGAUGUCCCAAUUCCAAGUCGAUCAGUCGCCAGUCGCAGAGCUUCACUUCCAUGCCCGGCUCAGCUGAACGCGAUGCAUCUGAGCCGCCUGCUCUCUGCCACCGUGGCCACAAGCCCAGCUCACCUAAGCCACUUGCCUCAGAGCGGUGAGGCCAAGCCGUGCUCUCGCUUCAGCCAUGUUGGCAAUAAUGGAACGCAGACCAAGGGCAGCACGUGUGAAAGACGCCCGCAUGCCAUCCCUACCAUCCCUGAGGUGCACGAGCCUCUGGAGAGAAAAGCCAGAUUUAGGAGCCGCAAUGUCAUGUCUCUGAGUGAUGCAGACAGUUUGUGUCUGAUCUGUCAUGACAACCUACGCAAAGGAGGAGGAGGUAUCAGAGAGCUUCACUGUUCCCACAGCUUCCACAGUGAGUGCAUAGAGGAGUGGCUGUGGAGCAACCAGACCUGUCCCACAUGUCAAAAGCAUGUUGCCAUGCCAGAGCCCCUGUACUGGAGAUCUACCAGAGUUAUAGUGCCCUGAGCUCUUCCAGAACCCAUUCAAACUACCUUGGACAUCAGCUUUUACAGGAUGGUUACAUGAUGCGGACAGCUGACGAUGGAUAUGAAAGAAACGGCUAUUUUCUAAGAACAGAAAAGGUGGUCAUUUGAAUUAUUCAGGAGAAACAGAUGGGCAGAACAUCUGUCUGGAAAUAUGGCUAAUUGAUUUUGCCACAUCUGUGUACAAUUGUUUGUUUUUGUAAUUGUAUUUACAUAUUAAGAAAUUAUAUGUUAUUUUCUAUCAUGGUUCUCUUUUUCCGCAUACAUCUAAGCAAACUGAACAAGUUGCAUGAAAAUGUAAAAUUGUAAAAUGCACCUCACUAUAUUUGUUAGUAGUUUGGACUGGUGUAGGCAUACUUGAUAUGUAAAUCAAAAAGUUAUUGUAAUGUAUUCAACCAAAAAGUAGGCUUGCACCGUGUUGUGCUUCUUUACUAUAAGAAAGUAUAUAUGAAGAGUUCAGAUGCAAAAGCCUCUAAGUGCAAUUUGCAAUUUUCUUCUAGAAUGAUCAUUUUUUA